GCUGUGCCAUGAAGUUGAACAUCGCAAACCCAGCCACUGGCUGCCAGAAGCUAAUUGAAAUCGAUGAUGAGCGUCGUCUCCGCGGUUUCUACGACAAGCGCAUGUCCCAGGAAGUCUCUGGUGAUGCUCUUGGUGAUGAGUUCAAGGGUUACGUUUUCCGUAUCUCCGGUGGUAACGACAAGCAGGGUUUCCCCAUGAAGCAGGGUGUCCUCUUGCCUUACCGUGUUCGUCUCCUCUUGAGCAAGGGUCACUCUUGCUACCGCCCUCGCCGCACCGGUGAGCGUAAGAGAAAGUCUGUUCGUGGCUGCAUCGUCGGCUCCGACCUUGCUGUUCUCUCGCUCGUCGUUGUCAAGCAGGGUGAGCAGGACAUUCCCGGUCUCACCGAUGUCACUGUCCCCAAGCGUCUUGGUCCCAAGCGUGCCUCUAAGAUCCGCAAGUUCUUUAACUUGAGCAAGGAGGAUGAUGUCCGCAAGUAUGUCAUUCGUCGUGAGGUUCAGCCCAAGAACGCUGAGAAGAAGGCCUACACCAAGGCCCCCAAGAUCCAGCGUCUUGUCACCCCUCUUACUCUCCAGCGCAAGAGACACAGAACCGCCAUCAAGCGCAGAAGAGCAGAGUCUUCUCGCGAGGCCGAGGCCGAGUACAAGCAGUUGUUGGCCAAGCGUGUCAAGGAGACCAAGGAUCGCAAGAUCGCCAGACGCAGAACCUCUUCUAUCCAGAAGUCUGCUUCCGCUUAAACCGGCAAAUAAAAAUAUAUACAAUUCUCUUUACGGGCCUGCAAUUCGAAACAAAGUAUACAUUGCUGCUGUUGUUGUUUUUGUGUGAAUUAAUAGAAUAAUUUAUUCUGUAAAUAUAAAUGAUAUUUUGUGACAAAUUUAUAAAGACUUAAAAAAAUAGGAAUUUCGACAUGAUGUAUAUUAU